AAACCAAUGAGGGGCUAUUUCGUGAUUUCUAUAUUCCACCAUCAUGGAUGGGCGGAAUUUGGCGGGUGGGAAUACUUUUGACUGUUUGUACCCCCAAAAAUGGCACACGGAUCGAAAAUAGAUAACCCGAUGAUGAAGAAGGAUGCAUCAAAAUAACAAUUUGUGCAAAAAGAUGGAUGCAAUUUAGGCGGAUUUGUUCGAUAGCACCAAAAGGAUUCCUUGAUUUUGCUGUAACGUUCUCCCUCAGCUCUAAAUGCCAGUACUUCAGAUGUAAACUGGUUGCGCUCAAGGUUGGUAUCGGCUCAUUCAUCUAAGUUUCCCACUUGGCACUGGCAGGAAACAUCCUAAUGAACAAAAUAGGUUUUAUGCAAUCUAAUAUAUGCAGAGUUACACACUCUUAUCCUUCUCCUAUAAUCUCCUGCAUACACAAGGCACCACAUGCGGCAGAGAUUUCACGCAUCACAAGUCCAAGUUCAGAGAAUAGACAUCCAAAAUCUUUUGUUGAUGAAUCAACGGCAUCCAAUGUCCUCAAAGAUGUCCACAUAUCGACACAAUUACUUAAUGGCUUUCUUGAAGUUGCCAAAGAUAACACAAGCAAGGAUUUGGAGACCUGUGGCGUGCUUGGCGCUUUUCUUAAAGAACGGACAUAUUACGUAACAACUCUUAUAAUACCAAAACAAGAUGCGACUUCUAGCUCUUGUCAGGCUGUUAAUGAAGAGGAGAUAUUUGCCAUUCAAAAUGAACAAUCCCUGGUCCCUGUUGGAUGGAUCCAUGUAUUUCCAUCCAAUAAGAUUAAAGGCACGUUUGUUAGCAGCUUAUCAAGCCGAUUUAUUUACAAUAUUCAGGUGAUGUUACCAGAGGCUGUUGCCAUUGUCAUGGCUCCGACAGAUGCAUCAAGGAGUUACGGUUUUUUCCGGUUAUCCGACCCCGACGGGAUGAAUAUUUUGAGGGAAUGCCAAGAGAGGGGAUUUCACACCCAUCAAGAACCUGUUGAUGGAACUUCCCUUUAUGAAGACUGCUCAAAUAUAUAUCUCAACCCUAAUCUGAGACUCGAAAUAUGCGAUUUACGUCAUUUAUGUUAAUACAAAACCGAACAAUAGUACAUAAAGUAGGAAGAUCGUAGCGGUUUGCCUCUCGGAUUCAUGUAUAGAAUGCUUAAUAAAUUGGCUUUUCUUGGACCAUUUCUGAUCAAUAUAUGAUGGAAUCGGACUUUUUGGGAUCU